CGCGAAGCCCAAUAUAUUCAGAAUAUCCUAUCUUAUGCAGCACCCUACCUUUCGCGUCUUUCUCCGGUAGCUUUACCCAGUCGCUUGCUCCACCUCCUUCACUCUCAACAAGGCCUGUCUCCCCGGAAGCCACGGGGGAGCCCACUGUUAGCCGCACUUCUCGGAUGCGCCUAUGGGGCGCUUUGUGGAACAUUGACCCUGCACGCGUCUUUCGCCUUUCACCUUCACCGCGCUCUCUUUCUCUUUCUAAUGUAACAGUCACUCCUACGUCUCUCUGUCACAUACGUCGACGUUUUCAGUUGUAACGAGGUGUACGAGCUUGGCAAAAAUGUCGGCAAGAGGCGCGCGAAGUCGGAAAGCUGUCGUCAAAGAUAUUGAGAAGACGGAGAAGAAGGCUGCGCAAAAAGGCAAAGCGCCUGACACGAUUCGCAGACCACACGAUGCCUUUGCGGAAUGGGGUCCGGUCGGCACGCGGACAACUACAUCGACAGGCGGUAUGCCGACAAGACAGCUCACCGUUUCAACAUCCAGAAGCAGUUCGGCAAAUGGCAGUGGCAGCAGGCCGCCUCUGAAAGCUUCUGCCUCCCAUUCGUCUUCAGAUCCGCAUCGUUCCAGAACUGGCCGCCCGGGAUCGAUUUCUGAUACAUCAUCCACUGGCAAAGAGAAGUCGAAAUACCAAGCUAAUGGGAAGGAGACAAAAGCACCUCGUGGAAGAGGAGGCGGUGUCCCUACGAAGAAGAAUGCUUCUACACCCGUGCCGCCUCUUUUCAGAGCGGAGUCAAGUCUCAACUACCCAAGCGAUCCCGACCACAAGAGCUGGAUGAACUUUCGAAUAUGGCAGAGUGGAAGCGAAAGUAUGAGGCCGUAUGGGGGCUUCGACUUUGACGAAGAUUUGCAGGACGGCGACGUUCUGAUCUUUUUCAAGGAAGAACAGAUGGACGAAGAUCGUCCACUCCCACAGAUUAGAGCGGAGCUGAGUGUGCUUGAGAAUUGCGGUUCCACCUGGUUGAAGAAUGCCUUGCUCUACGGAAGCAUCGAUGACAACGAUGAUUGGACCUUCGAAGACAACGGAGAAUCGUCUGCCUCGCGACAGUCUUUCGCCCCUCAUUUCCCGAUGCCACCAGGCCAGCGACAUAUGCUGUCUCCUGUAUCCCCGGGUGGCAUGUCAUCUCCGCCGCCUUUCAACAUCAACCAGACUUAUUAUGGAGUGCCCGGUUAUUCAAAUGACUCAAGAGCACAAUACUAUCCCGACUCCAGUCGCCCUGGCACCAUGUCACCGCCUCCCUCGUUUCGAACGUCCCAGCAGCAACGAGCGACGCACGAAUUAUGGUUCACAGCGCCAAAUUCCUUGAAGACGCCGCAAGCUCAGAGACUACACCACGUUGCAGUGCGGAACUUCAUGGCUAUACUCCAUGACAAACCUAUCGUAGGCGCCGAUCUGUUUGAGAUGCUGAGCACGCUUCAGCCUGAGAUUCAGGUCAUGUACGACCUCGACCAUCAUGAGUACUCGAAUCUUACAUCUCGCGAACGCAGCAUCCAGAUUAUCACAAACUAUCUGACACAACGCAAACUUGAUGAUGUUCGGAAUGGCAUCAAGCUAGCUAUCAGUCUGCUUGCCUGGGCUGAGCAAGACAGCGUGCGAUGGCGACAAGGGUACUUGGAAAGCUUUGUCCACCUUGCUGGUAUCCUGAAUGCGCAAGUAGAGGAGCACCCAGACUUCAAGAGAUUGACUAUUGCCACUAGAAGGAACCUAGGGAUUGCCGCCAAAUCUCUGCAGUUGCGAGUCAUGGAAGCCGAGGAAAAGCUGGCCACUUUCGACUUUGACGAUCUCUGGCCAAACCUUCCAAAAGCUACAGCAACUCCUGUGUAUCAGAGCUACCAGGCCUUUCGGCAAUUCCUGGUCCAUUAUCUUACCAAGACUUAUGGCAAUUGGCCACCAAACCAAGGCCAAACAUGGCUGAACAGAAAGAUUGCACUUGAUCUACAGCGAGACUUCGGUAUGUUGUACGACUAUCUGGUUAAUCGCGAUGUUGUCUGGGACGUGCGCGAGGAACGGCCUGGCAACAAGUGGCAGAUGGUGAACCUGAAGACGGAGGACUUCAGAGCCAACUUGCCCGAGCUAUCAUUGUCAGAUAUCUUGGUGACUUGGGACAACAAGCAUGGGUAUUCACAUAUCCCUCAUGCCUAUCCGCUACUGCCGAGAGACGUGCCUCAAACAAGGGUUGCCCAGAAGAAGGGACUCUUUGGCGGCCUCAAGAAGAACAAAGCAGACACAACCAAAGAUGCUAAGACGCACCUGCAGCUCUCUAUCGUGUUCAGCGACGCCACAAACAUCGAAAAACUAGAUUCCUCCUUCAGUGGCAAUAUUCUCAUCGACAGCUUUGAGCAGUUUGAGCUCAAUGCAGACCUGAAAACUUCAACGCCGCGCGAAGCACGGCUCGGACGCUGGGUGCUUCUCUACGGCGUGCUCCAAGUCCUCUCAACACUCUCCGUAGACGUCCAAUCCCUCAAGCACACCGAUGGCGUGCGCUACUUCCUCUGCACCGACCUCAAACGAUGUCCAGAAUGGGUCACGAACGGUCAGACCGAGCUCCUCGAAGCCUCCCAGCGGCGCUCAUGGUGCUGGCAGCGCCCCUGGGACCCCACUCCCAUCUACGGCCAGCCCGUCGAGCUCGAAGCCAGCGUCCCCCCGAAUCCGUCCGAGGAACUCGACAGCACCUCGCUCGACGGCGCAACGAUGAUGAACAACGAAAUCCGGCGGCUCGGCGAGAAAAUCGACAACAUGAGCGUUGCGCGCGGGGAGAGUCGCGCCGCAGCUGAGCACAACCUCGCGGCACGCCGCGAGAACCAGAAGCACAUUCAAGGCGAGUUCGCUGCUCAGAAGGCGGACCAGAGCUAUAGACUUUCCGAGAGCGACUAUGUGACAAGACCGCUGGUGCCGAAUCGGAGUCCGCUGAGAAGUCCUGGCGGGACGGUGCUGGAGGUGCCACGGUAUCAAGGCCGGGAACGCGCGCCGAGCAAUGCGCAAGAGUAUGCGAUCAGUCCGCAGGAAUAUUCGAGGAGUCCGCAAGAGUAUCCGAGGAGCCCACAGGAGUACCCUAUGAGCCCGCAGGACUUCCCCAUGAGGGGUUCGUCAAUGGCUCAGGGAGAGAGCUUUCCGCGUGAUGAGGAGCGUCGUGGCUGGCGUUGAGGGACGAUCUGUGCCGUCCAAUGAUCCCCGUCUUUCUUACGCUCGAUACCCUUCCGACGGUUGUUUCUACGAUGGCGUUACGGGAACCCAAAAAGGCAGCGCUGGUACUUGUAAAGUGAGCUACUCCGAAAAUAUGCUCACCGGGUUAUGAUGGGGUUCGGAACGACAUGAUAGCGUAGUACUGCAAAUGCAUAGCGACGUCAUGCAC